UAUCUCUCGUUAGGCCGGACCAAUCGGGCAAGCCAAACCUGUAGCCGAGGUUGAGGCUAUCUUAACCCAAUCUGCAAAAGGAUGAUCUACGGAGUAGUAUAGACGCAAUGAAAUAAGAAAGACUAAUCCCUAUCCAUAUCCAAACCACCGCUAAUCAUUCAAUCCCUUCCUCUCUUCGCGAAAAAUUAGAGAAGAAAAAGAACCCAUAUCGGGAUCAAAUCCAUCGAUAACAGCAAUGGCCGAUUCCAUACCCCCAUCUAUCAUGAAUGCUCCCUUAACAGAAGAAUCAUCCCUCCAUCCCUUUCGUUCCCAUCCCCACGCCAACCGUCUCCUCAACCACCCGGAAUACUAUCCCAUCCGUACCUGGUCACGCCUUCCAAAGCCCUCCACUGGCGAGGAUGGCUACUUCGCCGGUACUUUAGCGACCUCGUUCACCAUCCCUCACUGUUUGACGCUCCGCCGUCGAUGGCUCCCCCCGCUCUCCGCCGCCCAUCCGUCGUGGCCCUCUCCCACCGCUGAUCCGGUCUCGUCGGAGCCUUCUACCUUUCCCCCGGAUAUUUUCAUGCUGCUGGAUCUAGCGACGCCAGGGGUCAGUGGACACCCAUCGACUGCUCAUGGCGGCAUUGUCGCAACGUGCAUUGAUGAGGCAAUGUCUUUGGCGGUGACCUUGUACUCUCCGCCGCCGGAGUUGGAUGCUUCGGAGUAUAAAGGGAGGGAGGAGGAGUUAACUCCUCGUGGAAAACUGUAUACAUCACAGUUGGAUAUACGGUACAAGAGACCUGUCACGGUUCCCGGUUUGCUCAUCAUCCGUGCUAAAGUGGUUGGUCGAGUCGGGAGAAAGUUCUGGGUGCGUGCUCAGGUCGUUCAAGCGGACGAGGAGAAUCCGGAUCAAUUGAUCGUCACCACUGAUGCCAUGGCGUUCUGGCUCCAAACCACAUCAAGUUUGUAAAAUGCAUACAGUGGUCGGUAUGCGAUAUAUAUACAUGUGUGUGUGUGUGUGUGUAGAUAGAUCUAUCACUUUAUAGUUAUGUACAUAUAUACGUGUUCUUAUGGUAAAUAUAGGUCAAUUACAUCUUCGUCUGCCGUUGCCCGAGGUUCCGACUGGCGCUCAACACCAAUCCCACCUGCGUGCUCAAUGCCACCACAUCACCCUGUUCGUCCAGCACCACCACGUUCAGAUCUGUUCUGCCAUCCCGCACCACUUU